CUGGAGCAAGGAAGGCCACCCCCUCCUCUACUAUUUGAAGGAGAUUUUCCAAUCCCAGUCAAAUGGUGGUGCUAGUUCUUUAGUUUUGAGCUUCUGCAUUUCCUAAUUUCAUGGUCACAACAGCCUCGGAACAGCUUCUACCAAAACUGAAAAUGCAGGCUCCAUGCUCAGCAGCUCUCUGACGGGCAGCAAAGGUUCAUGCCCCUUCUCCUGCCCUCUCUAGCACAAGAAGACAGUCUCUGAGGGACUUUCUUCUCCUCAAGUGGCCCGUCGGCUGCAGAGCGCUCCGCUGAGCGCCGGGACGGUUUGUGCCUCGCCGCCAGACACUGACCAUGACCAUGACCCUCCACACCAAAGCCUCCGGCAUGGCCUUGCUGCACCAGAUCCAGGCGGGCGAGCUGGAGCCCCUAAACCGCCCGCAGCUCAAGAUGCCCCUGGAGGAGUCUCAGGGCGAGGUGUUCCUGGACGGUGGCAAGCCCACGGUCUUCAACUACCCCGAGGGCACAGCGUACGAGUUCAACGCCGCCGCCGCCGCCGCCGCCUCUGCGCCGGUCUACGGCCAGUCGGGCCUCGCCUACGGCCCCGGGUCCGAGGCGGCCGCGGCUUUCGGCGCCAACAGCCUGGGCGGCUUCCCGCCGCUCAACAGCGUGUCCCCGAGCCCGCUGAUGCUCUUGCACCCGCCGCCGCAGCUCUCGCCCUUCCUGCACCCGCACGGCCAGCAGGUCCCCUUUUACCUGGAGAACGAGCCGAGCGGCUACGCGGUGCGCGAGGCCGGCGCCCCGGCCUUCUACAGGCCAAAUUCAGGUAAUCGACGCCAGAGUGGCCGAGAGAGAUUGGCCAGUAGCAGUGACAAAGGAAGUAUAACCCUGGAAUCAGCCAAGGAGACCCGCUACUGCGCAGUGUGCAAUGACUACGCCUCCGGCUACCAUUAUGGCGUUUGGUCCUGUGAGGGCUGUAAGGCCUUCUUCAAGAGAAGUAUUCAAGGGCAUAAUGACUACAUAUGUCCAGCUACCAACCAGUGCACGAUUGACAAAAACAGGAGGAAGAGCUGCCAGGCCUGCCGGCUCCGCAAGUGCUAUGAUGUGGGCAUGAUAAAAGGUGUUGGAAGAAAGAGAAUGGCAAUUUCAUCACUUCUACUAGGGAUACGGAAAGACCGAAGAGGUGGGAGAAUGUUGAAAUACAAGAGACAGAGAGAUGAUGAGGAGAGGAGGAAUGAGCCCUCUGGAGACAUGAGAGCUUCUAACCUUUGGCCAAGCCCUCUUGUAAUUAAGCACACUAAGAAGAACAGCCCAGCCUUGUCCUUGACAGCCGAACAGAUGGUCAGUGCCUUGUUGGAGGCUGAGCCCCCCUUAAUCUAUUCUGAGUAUGAUUCUACCAAACCUCUCAGUGAAGCAUCAAUGAUGGGCUUAUUGACCAGCCUGGCAGACAGGGAGCUGGUUCACAUGAUCAACUGGGCAAAGAGAGUGCCAGGUUUUGGGGAUUUGAUCCUCCACGAUCAGGUGCACCUUCUGGAAUGUGCCUGGCUAGAGAUCCUGAUGAUCGGUCUCAUCUGGCGCUCCAUGGAGCACCCCGGGAAGCUCCUGUUUGCUCCUAACUUGGUCUUGGACAGGAAUCAAGGUAGAUGUGUAGAGGGUAUGGUGGAGAUCUUUGACAUGUUGCUGGCGACAUCAACUCAGUUCCGUAUGAUGAAUCUGCAGGGAGAGGAGUUUGUGUGCCUCAAAUCUAUCAUUUUACUUAAUUCUGGAGUAUACACCUUUCUGUCCAGCACCUUGAAGUCUCUGGAAGAGAAGGAGCAUAUCCACCGGGUCCUGGACAAGAUCACAGACACUUUGAUCCACCUGAUGGCCAAAGCAGGCCUGACUCUGCAACAGCAGCAUCGGCGCCUGGCUCAGCUCCUCCUCAUCCUCUCCCACAUCCGGCACAUGAGUAACAAAGGCAUGGAGCAUCUGUACAACAUGAAGUGCAAGAACGUAGUGCCUCUGUAUGACCUGCUGCUGGAGAUGCUGGAGGCCCAUCGCCUGAACACACCCUCCAAUCCCAUGGGCCAGUCUCCAGAGGAGCCUAGCCAGAGCCAGCUGGCCACAAUGGGCUCCUCUUCAGCACAUUCCUUGCAAACGUAUUAUGUUCCCCAGGAAGCAGAGGGUUUCCCCAACACAGUCUGAGAGCUCCUGGCCUCCCCAAGGUUCUGAGAAUCCCUGUAGCCUUUUACCCGUCAUGCAUCACUUUAGCAGAACUCUGUCUCCUGCACACUCCAGCAUGCAUCCACUGCCAGUGGCUUUCUAAUAAGAGUUACUGUUCCUUUGCUUGCUCAGUUCUUAGUGACACAUCUUCUGUAGGGAACAGCCAAAGGGAUUCCAGGGCUAAAUCUUUAUAACAGCUCUCUUCCUCCCUUUGCUACAUUAUUAAGAAUGAGGAUUCCUGUGGCUCUGCACAACUGAACUCAGCCUAUGAGAUGACUGCAUGGAAGCUACUCAUUGAGACCCAGACCCGGAGAACAGACUUUUCACCUCUGCUAAGCACUUUGUAAUGGCUCCAAGAAUAAGCCUCAGGAAAGAAUUUAAAGUGGCUCCUUUAAUUGAUGACUUGGAGAAAGCUAACUCAAGGGUUCAUUAGAGCAUCUUCUUGUAUUCCUCUGUAAUGUGUCACUUUGUUAAAAAGUGAUAUUUUGACCUUGUUGCUCUGUCGCAUGGCUUUAGCACAAUAUUUGGUAAUUGUCUAUUCAUUUGCCCUAUAAGAAUACAAGAUUCACACAGGGAAGGAAGAUCCUUAAUUGUCAAGACCAUGUCAGCUUAAGCACUGAACCUUCAAGCUUGCUCAAGUUUCCACUGCUGGCUUCCCAGAGCACUACAUAUAUAGGUCAUGGGUUCCAGGUGAUCCUUGCUUCCCAAGGACCUAUGGGAAACAGCUAGUCAAUUUCAGUUAAGUCACUCCCACAUAGAUCAGUGUCCUCAUAUAAGGGACAAGUUCUAAUUCUAUUUUUCCUUUUAUAAAAGAAAGGCCCCGUCCUAUCCCCAGAACUUGCAGGAAAAGCAGAUUUAGGACCUGUUCUGGUGGGGUUUCACACUUACCAGCAGAGGGCACUCUGCUUGGAUCUUCCUGUGUGAUUUAACACUGAAUUAUUCAGAACUCAGCCAUGAUCAAGGGCAGUUUAAAUGAGCUGACAUACUGGUGAUACUUUUGGACUUGUUUUUCUUUAGCCCCAGGGCAUGGGACGAAAUAGUAAAUGUGCAUGAUGACUGUGGCUGCUAGAGAAUGGGAAGGUAAGGGAGAAACUGGAUAAAACUCUGCAACAGGGUCAUAGGGUGACCAGAUCACAGGCUGCAGGUGGUUUGUACCUCACAGAUCCUGCACUGCACAGCAGAGCUGGCCUGGAGUUGACUGAGUGGUUUCCCUCUUCUUCAUGCUCAUGUGGCACUGCUUGGAAGAAGUAACAUUAGCCAACUGCAUUCUCAGCCCAGCACAUUCCAGGCAGGGGAAGAGGAGGAGGGCAGGGAUUGGAAAAUUCACCCCCUCGGGCUGCUUGGGCCUGGUCAGACUACACAUGCCCUUGGUUAUUCAGAGCUCAUCCAAAAAUCAGCUAAUGAUCUUGGGAAGAGAAUACCCUUACUUCUCCAAACCGUCCCCCAACUCAUACCCUAAAACUGCACAAACCAGGAGAAGAAGACCAGAAUUGGUCCACAAGAAUUCUUUGACCAGUAGACUAAAAAAAGAAAGUAUUGCUCCAGCCACAGGGUUGCCUUCCUGGCCUUUGCUUCUCUAGUGCAAUUUUGAGUCAUUUCCUUUUCUUAAUGAAAAAGAAACUUUGGUUUCCUUCCCUGACUUCAAGUUCUAUAAUUCAAGCCUCAUUGAGAGGUGAGAUACGAGCCAACAACCCAGGUGAGCUGCGAGGCUUCUCUCAGUAUGUUCUGUUUGGAAAAGUGAGUUUCUUUAAUUUCUGGUUUCCCAGUUAAGUGACUACCAAAGGACUGGGAAACCAGGAGGGCCAAAAAUUUUUUAAAAGGUUUUUUCAUAUAUGUGCAUCUAAAUUUGGGAGAAGUUUUAUAUAUCUGUGCUAAGAAUAUGUUUAAGAACAUAAUUCUUUUGUUGUUUGUUUUUAAAGCACCUUAUAUAGUAUAAUAUAUAUUUUUUUGAGAUUGCAUUGCUUGUUUAUCAGACAAUUGAAUGUAAUAAUUCUGUUUUGGAUUUAAUUUGACUGGGUUAACGUGCAAAAACCAAGGAAAAAUAUUUUAGUUUUUUUGUAUACUUUUCAAGCUACCUUGUCAUGUAUGCAGUUUUGAUGCCUAAAGCCUGGUGAUUAUUCAUUUAAAUGAAGAUCACAUUUCAUAUCAACUUUUGUAUCCACAGUAGACAAAAUAGCGCUAAUCUACAUGCCUAUUGUUGGAUAUUGAAUGACAGACAAUCUUAUGUAGCAGAGAUUAUGCCUGAAAAGGAAAAUUAUUCAGGGCAGCUAAUUUUGCUUUUACCAAAAUACCAGUAGUAAUAUUUUUGGACAGUAGCUAAUGGGUCGGUGGGUUCUUUUUAAUGUUUGUACUGAGAUUUUUCUUUUAAAAAUAAAAUAAAAAACAAAAAAAAAUCUUCUAGGACUAUUGAUGAUGUAAUACCAGCUAAAUCCAAACAAUAAUACAGUGAAAGGUUUUACAUUAUUCAUCUACUGUGUUUGUAUUCAUGUUAAGAUACUACUACUUUUGAAAUGGGCAGAGAACAUCAGAUCGUUGAAAUGUUAGCCCAAGAGUUUCAAACAAUUUUGGAAAUCUCUUGUUAUUCUUAUUUGAAGUGCCAAUAGUGAGCUGCUGAUAUUUUUUAGCCUAUGUUGCUGUAGGGCAUAGGGGACAUGCUAAGAGAAUUUUCCCCCUGAUUUUCCUCCACUUUGAGGCAAUUUAAAGCUUGAAAGACAUGAUCCACUUGGAGAUUUGGGAUAAGGUGGAGAAGUGGGUUUGAGAAUUUGAAGAAUGGGAAACUAGGAAUAAGAAUAUUGAAAGAUUCUGGCAUCUGGGAUAUAUACCAGGUUUCAGAAUUCCAUUUCUGCACUGUAUCCAAAAUAACCAGCUCCAGUGACUGCCAUUUCCAACAUGGCAGCUUGAGUUCUGGAGAAGAAAGAGACAUAGACACUGAAGUCCAAAGAAUAGCUGGGGGUCUGUGUUUCUUUUAGCCAUCACCUAGCUUGCUGCAAUGAUUUUGUAAUACUAUCAUGCAGCAAUGAGAAAGACUAGGUUAUCUAAAGAGAAAAAUCCCCAUUGAUCUAGGGUGCAAAAUUCAGCCCCCAAGGAAGUGUAACCUUUGAUUCCCUAGUAGCCUUGAAAAUCUCUUUGACCAUGCCACAUCCUAUGCCUUUUGGGGACUGAAAAAAUAAGUGACUUACUGAUAAUUUACUUUUAAUCACAUUAAAAUGUUCUUACUUUGAAAUGGUAUACAUUCAAAUGGUCAUUGAUUUAGAGCUCCCUUGCUCCUACAUAAAACUAACUACAGAUCCCUUCCUGUUCAUAUUUUCCAACUUUGAAAUGGACUGUGGAUAUUAGGAAUGAUCACUAGGACCAUAGUAAUAUCUGACAUUCACAGGCAGAUCCUCUUGGAGAAACUAGUCCUUUGAAAGGCAAAUAGAGACAUACAGUAGCUCAUAAGGCAACCAUGAUUCUCUUUGGUGCAAGCCUUGGGAGGUUGAUCCACAUUACACUGCACACUUUUUAGAUUAACCCCCUGAAAAUUUACUCACUCUCACCUGGAGGAAAUGGAUUUAACUGUGGUCCCUGAUAUCCAUCUUUUCAUUAGUGUGAUUAUACUGUUUCUAGCUUCAUUUUUCCAUUGAAAGUGUGAGCUCUUCUUAAGUCACUUAAAAGUGUUUUCUAAGUAAUUGCUGCCUCUAUUAUGAUACUUCAACUUUGCACUGUUUUUUCAGAGACUAAAAAAUUUAUAUUCUUCUUUGUUUUUUUUGUUUUUGCAUCCAAAUGUGCCUGAACUUUUAAAAUAUGUAAAUGCUGCCAUGUUUCAAAUCCAUCUUUAGUGUGUGUGUACAGAGCUGUGCACCCUGGAAAUAACAUAUAGUCCCAUGAGCAGGUGCCUAAGACAUAGACCCCUUUGCACUAACAAAGAGGUCAUUGGUCAUAGAGACUUGAAUUAAUAAGUGACAUUAUGCCAGUUUAUGUUCUCUCACAGCUUAUAAACAAUGCUUUUUGUGCACUACAUAUUCUUCAGUAAAGAGCUCUUGUUUUAUGGGGAAAGGCUCAAAUGCCAAAUUGUAUUUGAUGGAUCCAUAUGCCCUUCUGCUGAUGCUACUAUUAUUGAUGUGAUUCCAGUCUGUCACAGCUUUGCUUUGUUUAAUGAAACACACUUGUAAACCUCUUUUGCACCUUGAAAAAGUAAAGAAUCCAGAGGGACACUUGAGCACCUCUAAGCCAAUUUUCUCAACCUAUUUGAUGUUCAAAUAAAGAAUAAAGAUAACAGA